UUUGUUGAGAUGGUGUUUAUUAGAGAAAAGAGAAGAGGAGGGGUGGUGAUUUCAGUACUAACAGCUUCUGUAUCUCUAUUAAUUUCUCCAGCUCUAAACAUGCUGCUGCUGCUCCUUCUGCUGCUGUCUUCAGGUGAUGGCCAGGCUCAGCGAGUGUCUGGCCAGAGGAAGAAUGGCUCAUGUGUUUGUGCGGUGAACUCCAACCUGUGGACGUUCCCUGCUGUGAAGUUCGAGUCCGUGCUGCAGCAGGUUCAGUCCUGUGAAGGAUCUUUGAACAACCUGCAGGAACAGGUGACGUUAUCCAGCCAGCGUCUCCCUCAGACCCAGGCCCUGGUUAAGAACAUGACAGCCCGGCUGGAGCCUCACCAGUACCUUCACGACCAGGGUCUGUACUCAGUCUUGUCUCUGCGCCUGCUGGGCCAGGAGCUCAGCCAGUUGGAGACAGAUGUUGGUGUCAUCCACAAGCAGCUAAACAACGGCCAAACACAGAAACUCUCCAAAGAGGUGGGUAAAUUGCGUGCAGAUGUAGACAAGAUGCAAAUGUCAAACACAUUAAACAUGAAGACAGUCAAAGAGAAACUGCGCUACCUGAAGAACACCGCUGAGUCCUGCAAGUCAAUCCCCAAAGACUUCAGAGGCCAGGACAGGUACUGCCUCAAGGGCCUGAUCACAAAUAUUAGCGAACCUGUCAUGACUAAGGUCAGUCCCUACGGUAAGAGCUACAUCUCUGGUUCGUGGGGCAAACAGGCCCAGAUGGACAGCGAGGGGCAGAAGAACAGCUACUGGGUCCAACCUCUGCUCAGCAGCCACAUCUGGGGCAACUCCCUGCGUGUUUACCAAACCUACGAAGACUUCAUGGCCUCUGCUAACAACAAGGACUUUACCUUUGCUCCAUCCCACAGUCACCCCAACAGCAUUGAGGGUCCCAGUGCUGUUCUAUAUGGUGAAGCGCUGUACUAUAACUGCUACCGCUCUGCAGACGUCUGUCGCUACGACCUGAAGAGCAACAUCCAGAGUGUGUCCCAGGAGCCGGGCUCUCCGUCAGUCUCCCUGGUGUACGUGGUGAAGAACCAGGAUGCGAUCCUUAACGGGACGAUCUCCAGCGGCCUCCUCAACCAGCUGACCGCCGAGCUUGUGGGAUACUUUCUGUUCUACCCACCCCUGGUCAUCGCUCAGCCCCUUGAAUACCAUAAUCUCAACACGUCGAUGGCAACCAAGAACUAUUGGGUGAUAACAGUGAUCCAGGAUGUGGACAGCUCUUCCCUGGAGGCCAACUACCAGAGCUUCGCCAGCCUGAUGGAGCAGCGGCUGGCUGAGCUGUUCCUGGUGGCCGGCAGGCAGGGCUCUCGGGCAGCACGAUCUCGGCGGGCCACCACCGUGGGGGGUUAUACUGUACAGAUGGUGAGCAUGCGUCGACUGCCCGGUCCCAAGAACCCUGCAGAGAUGACAUACUACGUCCAGCUGAACGGAUCCCCUGUCACUGGAGCCAGCGCUGCCAAGACCCUCAGCAGUCUGGACUCCCAGACCAUGGCUCUGACACUGGGAUACUUUGUACAAGUGCAGGCUGAACCUGUGGUAAAGACGCCGCCCAGCAACCUGUGGAUCAUGGCCGUUCUGACACCACUCUUCCUGUUGAUGGUGGUGAUCGGCAUGGUGGCCUUCAUUCUGUGUAAGAGGAACAGGGUCAUCUUCAAAACUGGUGCCUUCAGGACCUUCAAAUCCCGCUCCAAGUUCAAUCAGGAGCGCUACUGA